AUGGCCUCGUUCUGCGCCGCUUCGCGACUUCUGCAUCAACAGGAGGGAAAACAAUUCACUCACCGUGCUGCGACCCGCCACCACAGGGCCAACGUCUUCUUUGAUGUCGCUAUCGACGCGAAGCCCACAGGCCGGGUAGUCUUCAAGCUGUACGACGAUGUCGUGCCGCGGACGGCUACAAACUUCCGGGAACUCGCGACAGGGCAACACGGUUUCGGCUUCGCGGGGAGCUCAUUCCACCGAGUCAUUCCCAACUUCAUGCUUCAGGGCGGUGACUUCACACGUCAUAAUGGCACCGGUGGCAAGUCCAUCUACGGCGAGAAGUUCGCAGACGAGAACUUCAAGCUUCGGCACGACAAGCCUGGCUUGCUGUCCAUGGCGAACGCAGGGCCUAACACAAAUGGGUCUCAGUUCUUCAUCACGACGGUGGUCACGUCAUGGCUGGACGGCAAGCACGUUGUCUUCGGCGAGGUCGUCGAGGGCAUGGAUGUCGUGAAGAAGGUGGAAGCCGUUGGAACCGACUCGGGCCGGCCGAAGCAGAAGGUCACCAUCACCUCUUCUGGCACCCUCUAA